ACUGCAGAGAAGAAACGAAGGUGAAACAAUUUUUCCGCUUUCCCUCGAGCAAGUUCCUAUAUGCCACGAGCCAGGUCAAUUAAACCAAAAAGGAGUCGAUGUUCUGUACACUUAUAGCUAACCAGUGUAACCAUUGCACUGCUGUUUUUUUUUUCAACAUUUAAUAGAUUUCCUUUUGCACGUUUGAUGAAGUUAGUGAAGGAUGUUUAACCCAGCGGUGAAUGGAAUUUUUCAAGAUACUCGGAAUGCAAUACUAGAGACCGUUUAACUACCUGUAGGAUUGCAUCAAGAGCGUAGUGGAUGGCAUCGACUCAGGAGAAAACGGGGAUCAGUGUUAGCCUUCUGUGAAUCACGGGGAUCAGUAUUAGCCUAGUGUGACUCACACUUAUCUCUCUGCUUAAACGGUGUCUUCCACGGACAUUUCUCAGCUAUCGUCUUAAUAUGUCUGCCUGGUAAUCUGUGUAUUUACAAGGAAACCUCCUUCGAACGAAAACGAAUGGAACCCCCGUGACCAACGGAGAACUGACUCCGCGUUGCUCCAAAAUACGCGUGCGGACGCGUUGCAUUUAUCAGUCACAAUUUGUUCAUAAUCAGAGAAUGGAAGAUUAUUGGCAAUAACCGAAUGGCAUGUAUGUCUGAUCCAAUCGACUGUUAAUAGUAAGUGUCGCGUAUACAUUCGCCAUUUUAUCUGAGUGAACUCGAGAAUUUUCAUUACCUCCAACGAGCCUAAUGCAAAGAAAUCAGACACUUCGAUGGAGUGACCGUUCCUCAAUGGAGCCGCUCAAGUGAUUUCACCUAAACCAAAACACCACAUGCCCUCUUAGGGAUAUUACAACGAGCGCUAUGUAGUGAAGUUUGCGGCGGACAAACUACGACGUGCUUUAUGAAGUCUGAGUGUUGGUUUGCCUUCGCAGCAAUGCCAGUGCGUGCCGUGACCUCUAGGUUCAUGUACAGGGGACUUUGCUCUAUUCCAGAUAUCCUCUCAUACCGGACACCUGUCAGCCUCCCCGAAGACGAAGUAGAGGAAAUCCGAGAGGCCUUCAAAGUGUUUGACCGAGAUGGGAAUGGCUUCAUCUCAAAGCAGGAGCUGGGUAUGGCCAUGAGAUCUCUGGGCUACAUGCCAAAUGAGGUGGAGCUGGAGGUUAUCAUCAAGAGACUGGACAUGGAUGGUGAUGGCCAGGUUGGCUUUGAGGAGUUUGUAACACUUCUCGGGCCCAAGCUCACCACGACUGGCAUGCCCGACAAGUUUCACGGAGCAGACUUUGACUCCAUAUUCUGGAAGUGCGAUAUGCAGAAGCUGACGGUAGACGAACUGAAGAGACUGCUCUAUGACACUUUCUGCGACCACUUGACGAUGAAAGACAUCGAGAACAUCAUCAUGACCGAGGAGAGCCAUGUGAACAGCUCAGAAUGCCAAGUUGAUAUUGACACAAGCCCCAUGCAACAAGUCAAGCACACAUGUGUGCGAAAGAGCUUGAUUUGUGCCUUCGCCAUUGCGUUCAUCAUCAGCGUCAUGCUUAUUGCAGCCAAUCAGAUGCUCAGAAGAGGGAUGAAGUGAAUGGCUCCAUCCAAUCAAAUAUUCAAUUGUCCAUGUAUGCCCUUCAGUGUUUUUAAGGACAGAGACAAAAGGUUGAGACAAACAUGGAAUAUCAAUGUGUGAUGUAAAUGCAUGUUCUGUUCAACUGUGUCAAAGUUUAUGUAACUGAUAUACUGAUAUCUGAUACACUGAUACAAGGCAGUAGAAUGACAGGAGAGAUGUAGUAAUUCUGUAGCUUUUCUCUACUAGACCUUUGGUCUCAUUAACAAAGAAUGAAGGGCAUGCAAUCUCCAUGCAUUAAUACAGACAUGUGUUAAUAAGGGUGCGCAUUAAUAUGGGCGUACUGUAAAAUGCACAUCUUUAUAUGGGUUUGGGAUCUAUUCAUAUAUGUUCAUAAAUAUGUGUUGCAAUAGAUUGCAGUCAUGCAUUCAGCUAGUGUUACAAAACACAUCAGGAAGAUGCAAUGAGAAGGGACAAAGACCAAAAAAAAAUUAAAAAAAUAAAGGAAUUCUGAAUGAAUAAAUGAGAAAUAUCCACAGAGUAAACAAAUACACACUAGGGUUCGGCUGAUAGACAAUGCCAUCAUCCGUCAACGAUGGCCGACACAUCACGACGCCGAGGCAGAUUCGUGAUGGCACACCACCCACAACCCCCCCAGCCUCACUCCCCCUCUACACUGACAGCAGUAUACAGCCUUACCCGCUAUAAUUCAGGUCUCUGCUUAUAAUGUUGAAAACUAUAUAUUUGUUAGACCUACCUUAUUUUAUUCAUGCAGUCAUUUACAAAUAAAACGUAUAUAAACUAUAGAAACAGGAAAAAAAAACAAUAUUAAUAAACUUAUUUAGGCAUCAGCUUCAGUCAAAACUGGAAUGGGGAAAGUUCAAAUUUAUUAUUUAUUCUCACUGAUUCUCACAGAUGUAAAUUUAGUUUUCUGAAAAUACCUGUUCUUUCUGAUUGUGAUCUAAAAUAAGAGGCUGUUUGGAUCAUCAGUGUGUAAUCUAAAACCAUUCCAAAUCUUCACAUUUUGGUUUGUGCCAUAGUCAUUGGUUCAUUAAUGUGCUUAUCUAUAAAGGGGGCAGGGGCAGGAGUCACCGAUCUUCCCCUUUGGUGUUCGUAAAAUCCCUGGUUAUGGGGAAAAAUGCUCAAUUAAUCAGUCUUAUUAAUGUCAUGAUAAUAUAUUUCACCUGUUGUCAGUAGAUGUAAGCCCACAGCUAAGACUGAUCUUUAUGGCUGCCUCAGCAUAUAGCAGUCAUUAUGCAAAUUUACCUUAAUACAAGAGGCAGUUUAUAGCACUUUCUUUACCUUUAUUUUCUAAAUGAGCUUUACUAUCACAAGGCUGAAGGCAAUGUAGAUUGUAUAUCUGCAUUUCAAAGCAGAUGUAUUGUGGACCCUUUUUUAUGUGCAAGGGUACAUCUUAGAUUUUCAAAGAGGAUUUGUGAAGUUUCACAGUAAAUUAAAUUACAUAACCAGUCAUUAGAAUUAGAAUAACUUUUAGUUAUACAAAUGUACACAGUACACAAGAGUUUAAGAUCAGCGCAAGAACAUACAAGAUGCAACUUGAGAUGAAUUUCAUAAAUGAAUGAUAAUAAGAAAAGGAUGUGGCAAACAUUUGGCUCAAAACACCAACAGAACAGGAUGGAAUGUACCAUGUCCAAGUGUCCUGUUCAGAUUUUACUUACACAUUUGGCAAUUACAUAUACAGCACUUGUAAUGAAAUAAAUUUAUCCAAAACUGAUUCUCAGGUUCCUUUGCAGUCAGACAUUUAUUUUUAUUUGUUUGAAUAAAGAACAAAUAAAUAGCUGCUCAGCAAAAAUACUCUUCUUUCUAUUGUACCACUCAAACUUUAUCUUCAUGUUUUGGCCAAAACUAUUUGUUCUGCAGAAUACAAAAGCUGAUUUGAUCAGCAAGCUUUCUAAUAAAACAUACCAAUGAAUUAUACAAACUGGGCCCAAACAACCUAAUAGCCACUGCAAUGCACCAGGGAAUGAUAACUUCCAUACUUGAAGAGAAGAGCUUGAUAUCAUAAAUGGCAAGCAUGCAUAGUUCUUUCUGGCUUUAAAAAGUAAGCAAAAGCAAUAUUGAGCCUAAAAAUGUGUCUCUAUGCAUUCUGCCUUCAACUCAGUAUGAACUAUAUAUUCUGUUGGUUAUCUAUAUAUUAUUGAUAAUUUAUGUAUGUGUUGUUAAUCUCAGUGCCUGAACAGCAGGAGAGAUUAUGUUCCGUAUGUCUAAGGUUGUAAAUCUAGUAUGUUGUGCACUCUGUUGGAGGUAAAUAUAACCUAUGUUGACUUGUUAUUUAAACAUAAAUGACAAAUUAGGCUGUCUCUGUUCAUACUGUACACGUUUGAUCCAUGUUCUAGUCUGUGUUGUGUUCAUUAGCACUGUAUUUGUGUAAGUGAAUGGACUUUGUCUGAAAGUUGCGUGAAUGUUGAACUAUGUUCAAGGUUCUUUUCUCCUUUCCCAUUCUUCAGAGUCCUUCAUCAUGGUCACAGCUGACCACAACACAGCAAAUAAGAACAUGACAGCUUUAUAACCUAAUUGCAUGUUAGGAAGAACAUGACAGCUUUAUAACCUAAUUGCAGUGAAACUGAGGCACAAAAAUAUCAGUAAACUAAAGUUUACACAGUACUAUUCAAAAAACCUGCAAUUUGUAGCUUAAUGUUUGUAAACUGAACAUCUCACUGAGGCACGCGAAGAAGCUGGAGUCGCAGGUUAAGUAGAACGUAAGGUAGCACAGAACCAAGUGAAACUUUUUGAAUUAGUGUAUGUCUAAAGUUUUUUUUUUUUUACUUUUCAAGAAAUCAGAAUUUGGCAGUUUAAAGUUUGUAAACACUGGGCAACCCAAGUGUGGCACGUUAUGAAGCUGGAUUGUUCAGCCAGCUAAAUUCUGGUUAAUUUAAGGCAUCACUGAGCUUGUUUUAAGAAAGCUUUGAUUAUUUCAAGACUACCAUAAGGAGAUCUUGUAUAACCACCACCCACCCGAUGCAAGAAUGCUGAGUCUACUUAUAUGGAAAGUGAUACAGUAAUAAUGAUGUAACUUAUGCUACAGUUUGCAGCUGCAUGCAUUUGUAAUGUUUUGACUAUUUUGAUGUACUGUGUGACGUUCAAGUCAGAAUCAGUGUUUGUAUUUGAAAUAUGCAAAACUAUACUUGUACGACAAUUUACUGUGAUCUACAACUAAGAUUUCAUGUACUUGGAAAGGAUGUCAGGACAUCACAAACAUAUCAUAAAUUCAACUCCCAAAGUUCAGUAACAAUAAUAAUAGAAUUCUUUUUAUUCAUCAAUAUGAGCAAAAUGAUUUAAACAUGUUUAAAUAUCCACUUCUCAGGAUGGGAGGGUGCUGGGGAUUGCUUGCAAAGAAAUUAUAUCAAAUAUUUAAAGUUUAUUUUACUUAUAUUUUGUUAACAAAUAUUUUUUAACAGAUUGCUUGAAGUUUAAUAUUAAUUAGGUUUUCAGCUUCCAUUUCUAGCAUCUUUUUGUGAGCAUCAUAAUAAAGUGUAAGAUUUAGCCACAUUCACACAGGCUUGCUCAUGUAAUCAGAGGUAACAGUAUUACAUUACUGUAACACCAUGCACAUCUCAUCUGUAAAUUGCAUCAAAAACAUUGAGAAAAAUCCAGGAACUACAAUGGGCUGAAAUGUGCUAACUUUUCAUGUAAAUGUAUAAUGUAAGCAAACGAAAUAAACUGGUGGUGUUUAUUGUUCACAUUUAUUCAUGAAAUUAAAUAAACAACAUAAUGGACAGAUGCUACACUGAGGAACCAAGGACCGCUCAAAGAGCAGUUUAAAAAUAACCACACCCUCACUGUGGACACCUGGUCUUUUGCUCAUGUUCCUGAAGUAAUUAUGAAUGGGUGCAUGUGCACAUUUUAAUUAAAACAAAAAUAAUAACAACUAAAUGACAUUUUAGCAUUCUGUCUACCCAAAGAAAUUGUGUCCAUAAA